CAUAGCCGUUACGCACAUGCGCCUGUUCCUAUAUUUCUAAUUACACCCUGCUUUUGCCAUUUCAUUUUCUACAGCUAAAUAAUAUUUCACUUUUCAUAACAACCUAAUCUUCGCUAUGUCCACACAAGGAACAGGCGCUUCGGAUCUGGACUCAGAAUCUGUGGAAGUUCUACGCGAACGCUUAAGCACCAUGAAGCGCUUGAUGGCCGAACGUACAGCACAGCAGCAGAACAGCCCAGCAAUAACCGAAGAAAUCUUCUCAACCAAACGCCAUCGCUCAGCGGGCAUCAUCGACGGCAACUUCCUGAGCAUUGCCUUCGGCGGAGCCCUGCUGGUGAUUGUCACGGUUUCAGUCUACGCAUUCUAUAAUCUAUAUCAUGCCAUACUCAAAAAGUUUCCAUCGCAUCACGAGGAGCUCUAAGCUGUACCAGACCUUAAUAUUAAUUUAACUUUUGUAUAUUGGUAUGGAAUUGUGCGCAUUUAAAUAAACACGAAUUAAGACAGUAAACGAAAA